AUGGAAGAAACAACCAUGAAAGAGAGCAGACUUUUGAUUUUUGAAGGCGGCCAGUCAGCAGAUAACAUGACGAUGCCUGGUCUUCCUCAGGAAGUAGUCGUCAAUAUACUAUCCAGGCUUCCCUUCACAUCUUUGUUGAGUUUAAAGCUGGUCUGCCGACCCUGGCGAAUCCUCAUACAUGAUCCAUUUCUCAUUAGCAAGCACUUGGAUGAGGCUGCCGGCAAUGAUCCGAGCUUCAUCUUGGAAAGCAACUGGCCUAUCCCCGACCAACGCUACUUCAUAGAUUUCUUCGAUAACAGUGAAGGCAAAGUGACCUCGAAGAAGCUCCCCGCCAUUAAUUCUUCUACUAAUCCCAUGUGCUUGAUAGAUUCAUGCAAUGGGUUGCUUUGCAUGCACGAUUCAUCACGAAGGAUAUUCAUUUGCAACCCUUUUACCGGGCUUUACAUCGAGCUCCCCAAAUUGGUCAAGUACCCAUCGCUAGUGGGGCAUUUGGUGUUCGGAUUUCAUCAAACCACAAAGGAAUACAAGAUAAUUCAGAUAGUAUUUCGAAGACAAUUGAGAAAAGUCUACUCAAGUACUAUACCUACAUCAACAUCUUCAACUUUAUCGGAGGUUCAGAUAUUUACCAUCGGAAGUCCUUGUUGGAGAAAUCUAGGAACAAUACCGUAUCGUUUUAUUCUUUCGAAACCCAAAGCUUUGGUCCAUGGGAGAUUCCAUUGGCUUUCCACGCCUAACAAGAACACCACGGCUACCUUGCUUAUAUCGUUCGAUCUCGACACCGAGCGAUUCCGGGAGAUACCGAAGCCUGAUUGUUGUUGCGGUUCAGACAAGUGUUUCCGUCAACUUAUGGUUGUACGAGGUUGUCUCUCGGCAAUCGCGUUUCACGAUAAUUACGGCGAACGAUUGGAGAUUUGGAUUAUGAAGGAAUACAGUGUGAAAGAGUCUUGGAUCAAGGAGUUCAGCAUUGGAGCUUAUUGCUUGCCUCCGACAUUGAUGCAGCAAGAGAUCAUCCAGUUCAGUGCUUAUUUCAGACCUAACCGGUUUGUUCGAUUUCUGUGUGUGUUGAAAAGUGGCGAGAUCUUGUUGGAGUUCAAAAGAAAAGCACUUGUUGUUUAUGAUCCACGGGAUGGAACAUUCAAGGAGUUUACGUUUCCAGAAAUGCCUAAUCGCUUCAAAAUAGUUAUUCAUGUGGGAAGCUUGAAUUGGCUUCACAAUUGA